AUGGCUCAGACAAAGCGACGUGUCGCGGUGAUUGGUACCGGCCCCGCGGGUGCUAUCACGACGGACGCUUUGGUGAAGGAACAAGCUUUCGAGACCAUCAGGGUUUUCGAGAGACAAGACAAGAUUGGAGGAACUUGGGUUUUCCAUGGUGAUCGACCUGCUCCUCAAAGCGUCACCCUGCCCAUCGGGGGCAGAUCAGCACCAAAGGCCAAGAAUAUACCGUCGAGCUUUCCGUGUCAGCUGCCCAAACCUCAAGAUGAUGUUUGGGAGACUGCUGCCCAUGAGAAUUUGCACAGCAACCUACCUCCUGAAAUCAUGUGCUUCACACAAGAGCCAAUUCCUCACGUGGUUUCUGAGCAUAUUCUGAACCAUUACGGUGCAGAUGCCCCGUUCCGCCAUAGGGAACUCAUCCGUGAAUGGAUAGAGACCAUCUUUCACACUCGAGGGAAUGAGAAGCUCGUGGAGUUCAAUACGUCCGUCGAGCUCGCUGAGAAAGUUGGAGAUCAAUGGAUUCUGACACUUCGCAAGUCUGUUAAAGGCGAACACAAGGAAUCCUGGUGGCAGGAAACUUUCGAUGCGCUAGUUGUAGCUACUGGUCAUUAUAACCUCCCCUGGGUGCCAGAUAUUCCUGGUCUGGCCGAUUAUGAUGCCAAAUAUCCCGGAAGAAUCAGGCAUACCAAGCAUUAUAGGGAUCCAAGUGAUUACAAGGACAAGGUACUUGAUUGGCUUAUACAUUUCUGUUUCAACUCUUUAGGAAGUAACACUGAUUGGAUAUUUGCACAGCGUGUCGUGGUAGUUGGUGGCUCUGUGUCUGCCUUCGACGCCUUACAUGAUAUCAGGACUACUUCAAAACACCCCGUCAUAUCAUCAAUGCGAAAGCCGUCGGCUAUAUUUGGCGCGCCGCCAUUCAAACAUCCUCACAUUCAGAACCAUUCAGAAAUCGCGUCCUUUGAUUCUGAAACUGGCAGGAUCAACUUUACGGAUGGAGGAUUUGUUGACGACGUAGAUGUAGUGCUGUUCGCAACCGGCUACGAAUUUGACUUUCCGUUUUUACCAGAUAUCAAUAUCGUCAACAGAAGGAUCCCAGGCUUGUAUCAACACGUAUUCCUCGCCAGAGAUCCGAGUCUUGCCUUCGUAGGCAUGGUAACUGGUGGAUUUGGACUUCGCAUCUUUGAGUGGCAGGGAGUCACUGUAGCUCGAGUAUUUGCUGGAAGAGCAAAACUUCCCUCGCGGGAGGAAAUGGAAACGUGGGAGAAUGAGAGAGUUUUAACGGUCGGAGACGGCAUCCCAUUCUGGGUCCUUAACCCAGACUUCGAGACUCCUUUUGAGUCUUACCGGGCUCUUGCAGGAGAGCCUGCCCCAGGUACAACAGGUAGGGUCUUACCCAAGUAUGAUCCACAAUGGGCAGAUGCUUUUUGGGGACUCGUAAGCUAUAGAACAAAGUGGUGGGAGAAGGAGGAAAAUGAGGCCAAGGCCAUAAAGAACUCCUAG